AGAGCAUGUUAUUAGCGAUCCGUAUGACUUCGUCCCUUCAUGCUAAUCACUCAAAUCAAUCAGCAGUAGCGUUAUACCUCUACAUAUCAGAUUUCCGCUAGAACAUCAACAUGAGCGACUCGAUCAUUGCCGCAGUAGCUGGAGGGCUUGGAGGCGCCGUCAGUAUGACUCUGACCUACCCUCUGAUCGUAUUGAGCACACGAUCAGCCGUCCGAGCAAAAAAAUCGAAUGCCUCCACCCUCGAAUCAGCCAUGGAGAUCCUCAAGAAGGAAGGUCUAGCCGGACUCUAUGCCGGAUUGGAUAGCAGUAUCGCUGGUAUCGUCGUCACCAACACGGUCUUUUACCUCUUCCUUGAGGAGUCGAAACGGAUCAUCCUCGGUCGUUCGGGUAACAAGAACACCUCGACGGCGCAGAUGAUGCUGGCCAGUACCAUCGCAGGUGCGGCUACGACGAUCACGACGAACCCUAUCUGGUUGAUCCAGACGCAUCAAGCCACACGAGGGGUCGUCGAGCAAGACCCUGUGCAGGGCGAGCGCAAGGUGGUCAAGAAGAAACCAGGGAUGUUACAAGCGGCACAAGAGAUCAUCGGCGAGAAGGGUAUCACCGCAUUAUGGCGCGGGAUCGGACCUGCCUUGGUCCUGGUGAUCAACCCGGUCUUACAAUACACCGCCUUCGAGCGGCUCGUCCAAAUCUAUCAACGCUACCAGACCAAGAAGACGGGCGUCAAAGCCCCCUUGAGGGAUAUCGACGUCUUUUGGCUCGGAGCUAUUGCCAAGGCCAUCGCCACGGGUGGGACUUACCCAUAUAUCGUGGUCAAGAGCCGUCUGCAAGCGGCCACGCAUCAAUACGGUUCUUCCGUACAGGCCAUCCUACAGAUCCUGCGCGAAGAAGGACUGAGCGGGCUCUAUGCUGGUAUCGGGACCAAGCUACUCCAGUCCGUCUUGACCGCUUCGUUCCUUUUCGUCGCUCAGCGCAGGAUCUUCGAGCUCGUCAAAUUGCUCAUCGCUUCGCGGAUGGCUCGCGCAGCCAAGGCAGUAGCAUAAUAAUCCGCACGCGCUCGACGCACUUGUACAACAUCGUCCUUGUAGUUCGCGAAAUCGGAGCCUCAUCCGAGAAGCCUUCUUAUUUGCAGCCGAAUGAGGCAGAGCGAAUGGCUGCAUAGUUUGAUGUAAACUAAAGACCAGAGGUUCAUAUCAGCUAGCAUGACUACGUCCGCCGAAACAUGACUCUGGCGGCGGCCAAGCACAAAGGUCGUUUGAGAAACAUUAAAAUACGG